AUGGGUUCAUGGAGCUCUUGGCAAGUUUUCUCUCUUCUUUGCUUUAUUACCCUUAUCAGCACGACAGAUUGUCAUAUUUUCUCGCAUGUCUAUGCUCGGAGCGUAAAUGGACCAGGAGCACAAUCUUUUGUUGACAGCUUGUUCGAAAAAUAUGGCAAAAACAAAUCAAUGGACUUGAAGCAGUUUGAAGCUCUUUUGAAAGAACUUAAGGUUGGAUCCAUGCAAGCUGCAGAAUCAGGCCACGGACAUCAUGAAAGUCAUCACGAAAGUGAGAGUGAAUCAUCACACGGACACCAUGACAAAGAAGAAAAGGGAUCGGAUAAGGUAAGCUGACAAAGAACAUAAACGAUUAGGUACAACUGGUUGGUCAGACCAGUUAAUGAGCCAUUCGCGAAACGCAUCUAUUAUUGAUCAGAAAUACCCAGUCAGAUCAGUACAUGCACAACAGCGGGUAAACACUCUUACAUCAUUAGUUUUCUACACAUUUUUAUAUUUUUCCUAUUUUUCUUGUACAUGUAAAUUGAUUCUGAAACCCCUAUUGGGAGAAUUGAUAAACAUACUGUAUUGUACUGGGGGGGGGGGUGUGGGGGUGGUGGCAUUAAGCAUAACCGUUUACAAUGCGACUACUGUAACCAGGGCCACUUAGACAAAGUUGACAACUCUGAUUACCGGAAAGUAACAAUAGAUUUCGAGAAAGUUGGUUGUGGGCCAAUCAGCAGCUCGUAAAAAGAUAAUAAGUUACUCGAAGCACAACGUUAAAGGUCGUUCCACUGAGUUUUUUAGGGAGUAUAUUUCCCCACUUUGAGCAUUUACUACGUCGGCAUUACCAUAUCGAUAUUAAAACAUCGGUAAAAGGUUACCACAGCUGUACUAUAUAAAGAUGAAAAUUUGUUAUGAUCCAUGUUUUAUUGACAUCAUAGUUGCCAUGGCAACGUAAUGACGCCAUUGCGUUUUUUACUUUCCUUUGCAUUUUUUGGCACCAGACGUUUUUUCAGAAAUCGCUCAUCUUAAGGGAGCUUGUACCUCCCUUGGUUGCAUCAAUGAUGGCAAAGUUUGAACAAAUUCUGUGAGAGCGUUUUAGAAAUAUUUUGAAACAAAAAUCUAAGGGUCAUAAAAACAGUGGAGAAACAUGCUAUCGACAUAAUUGACUAAUAUCUAAAGAAAAUGAUGAGGUCUGGAAAUGCAGUUUCAUCUCAUAGUGGUUUGAUUCUAUCUGAAAAUGCGCACCAAAAAAGAGAGGGAUUGCUUCGACCGAUUGCGAGAAGGAAGAAUUAGCCUACGUUCGGCUUCUUUCUUUACCAAUUUUGUAUCUAAUUUGGUUCACGCCUACAAAUUUCACGGUAAUUUAAAAAUCGCUUAAUAGUUUUUUUAAAAAACUUGACAAUCCCGAGAUUAAUCUUCAAUUUACAUGUACCUUGAGGGCCUCAAGGUUUCAAGGACAUUGAAAACAAGGAAGGCAAGGAGGCUUCAAAUGUCACAAAAUUUUUCCCUCAGGUUUUGUGUUUUCAAGUGAGCGUCCUCAUUAUUCACUGACAUUGUUUUCAAGUUUCAUAUUCACGUGCACAACUUGAGCAAAAAAACUAUUUUGCAAUCAAAAGGACCCUUCAAUUACUUCCCGGUCAUAUUGAGGAGUCUUCGUACUAAUGAAAAUAAGGUGAAUGAUAACUUGUAUUGCAGAACGGAAACAUAAAUGCAAAAUCUAUUGCAUAGCGAUUUACUUCUGCGUUCCACAUGAUGAAAAAGUGACGCUACAGACACUGUCUUCACCAUUUCUGUUGCAUUAGCAUAUUUCGGAGAUUUCUUGCGAAAGAAAUCGAGGGUCAGUCCUUUUCAAUGCAAAUUAGUUUUUUGCUAAAGUUGUGCACGUGUGUAUGAGGGUGUCUGCAAAACCAGGAACAGGCUCGGAACACCCUGAGACAUCCCCGGAACACCCUCAGGACACUCCGGAAUACUCCGGAAGAACCCCCUAGCUGGCUGGACCUCCCCCGGAACACCCUUAAUAACAAAACCAGAAAAAACCUAAAAUAUCGUAAAUGAAUCAAUAAAUAUGUUUUAUCUGUAACUGGAAAACGGAGAUUGGUCAGAUUGACGAAUUCACGCUACUUAACGACUUCUGAAGAUUUUAAGAAAGUAGUCCGUUGCCUUUAUACGAAUACUUACUAGCCUUGUUGUCUGAAAUAUAGCUGAAAGAGCCGCUGCUGAAGACAAGAAAAAAAAAGACCAAAAAUAAAAUAUCUUCUAAAUAACUAUCUUGCCGAUUUGAUGUCUACCGUGUUGGAGGACUUUCACUUACAAAAUUCAGCUAUUUUGAUUCUUGUCUUGUUUUCUUUUACUUUGAUAUAUUGUCCUUGAUUAAAAUGAAAAAUAUUCUUGGUUUUAGUGUACCAUUUUGACUUUCCAGCUGAUACUUUUUUUCUCUUUCGAGAGAGUAGUUUAUAAAUUGCAUGGAGAUUUCUUUGCUCUCUCGGUAUUUCCCGGAAGGGGGACAUGCACUCUCUUAUUUUGCCUUGACGAUUAUGUGCCCUUGAGCAGCGCAUGGUUUUCAGGGUCUUGGACUGGAAUCCUUUACAAGAAUGUGAAGGUUGGAUAUAAGCUGUCUACGUCUGUGGUACCAUCAAUUUUUUACCAAAAAAUCCAACUCCACGAUGUUAAUUAGGUUGAGAAAUUAAUUAGUUCUGUCAGGGUCAGGGUCCUAAAAUAAGGUCUCUUGUCUUAAGCAGGGUCUGGGUCUGAACGCCUCAGCGCCAAAACUUUACCCAAACUCUCCUUGAGUGUACCCGGUACGGUCCGUUAUGCUUUUCUUGGUCUGGAGCGCGAUGUCCUGUAGUUCAUCCGUUGGAAUGAAUACUUUUGGUUUAGCUUAACAGUCUAAGCGACUGUUCUGAAAGUUGUUGAGACAGCUUCCUCAGAUAGAGCACCCUCUCUGUCUUGUUCGGCCGUGAUAUAUGUCUGAGUGUCCUGGCCUUGAGUGUUGCUGACUAGCCACUAGUGAAGCUGUCACGUGGUUAAGAUCCAUAUUUAUCUCAUUUUGAAAAUCAAAAACUGCAUUUGAGAAAUCAAACGCGAUAAAUUUUGGAAAGAUUAGCUGGAAAAUCAAAAUAAAACACUAAAACAAAAAAUAUCUUUCUUUUUAAUCAAAGACAAAAUAUCAAAAUCAAAGCAAGAAAAAAAGACAAGAAUCAAAAUAAGUGAAUUUUAUAAGUGACACUCCUCGAACGCGGUAGACAUCAAAUUGGGUAGAAGAUAUUUAGUGGAAAUAUUGUAAAUCCCUUAUGGGCCAUCCGCUUGGGUCUCAUUUAACUCUUUUCUUUCUUUUUUCUUGAGCUCACAAACACAAUGCCUGCCUAAUAUAGAAAGAAAAUAUGACGUGAUCAAAUGAAAGACGACUACGAGCAGUGCAGCUACUAUUGUGGUUGCUUUGAACAAACUAAUGGGGAUUUGCGUUUGUGAAGAUGUUGAGUUAAAAACAACGCAAACUUCCCCUGUACCGCGUUUUAUUUUUAGUUUUGCCCUUGAAAAUCUUUUGUUAUAACAGAAACAACCCUGUAACAAGCUAUAAUAAGAAGACUAGCAAUUGAACAAAGAGGUUUUAGAAAUUACCACAAAUACAGCCGGGAUAAUUUGUUCAUCUAAUUUUUGUUGCAGUGUUACUCUGCCGAAGUUCUGUUUGACUCCUUCUCCAUUGAGUCAAACAGGUUGAACCAAACUUCUUUUGAAAGGAUAUGCCCAGCAAUAGUACAACAAAUUGAAAGUAAAUCAUGUGAAAGUGGAAAGGAGGACAGCGGUGAUGAAAGUGAAAGUAAAGCCAAAGGUAAGCACUUACAUGUACCUUAAAUAACUCGCUAAGGUAUUUGAGCUCGUUAAUUAUUGGAAAUAAUUAAAACUGCUGCAGCAUCUCACCAGAAAAAUGACAAUUAAACUACACCAACCACAGCAGAAUGCUAUGAUAUAGACAGCACUGCUUUUUAAAGCAGUGUCAUUCUGCUGUGAUUGGUGUAGUUUAAUUGUCACUGAACCCCAUAACCCGCCGGAGAAGACUGGCGGAGAGCAAUAAAAACAAUUUGAUCCACAACUCAGGUGAGGACACUGUAAAACUAUCCGGCAUUCUCUUUACUAUAAAUGUCAGAAAAAAGAGACCAAAAUUUCUUUUUUCCUACCUUUUUUCCUUGUGACCUUAGCCAAUGUAACUUGUGAGCAAACUCAAUGCAUACCGCGCACUAUAAUCAAGUCAAUAAAAAACUGUAACUAUUAUCGGCAAUGUCAGUAUCCAUUUAUUAUUAUUACUGAAAUUAUUGUUAUUAUUAUUAUAUUUAUUUCUAGAUCAUUAUUAUGAUUAUAAUUUACAUUUUUAUCCUUAGUCUAACAUAAAUGUAAUGAGAAUCGGAGCUUAAAGUUUUCAGUAAUUCACAUAGGUCAUAUUCAGUCAUUUUAUAACUUACAAGUUCUGCUCAUGAAAACCACAGGAAUAAAGGAACAGUGUGAAGACAUUCAAAUGUUUAUACAAGCGUUCACUGGGUUAAACAUUAAUCAAGCUAAAACCUCAACUCUGUUUCUAACAAACCCUGAUUACAUCCUUAAAUUGCUUUUGGUGACUGCUUUCUUUUGUUGAUGCUUUUUUUUUUUCCUGUUUUAGCUUGGGGAUUUGGUUUCUUGUCUGUGACCAUCAUCAGCUCUGCAUCUCUACUGGGAGCUUUUAUAGUGCCGUUUAUGAACAAAUCAUUUUACAAGAUUCUCCUGCUGUUUAUGGUGUCUCUUGCUGUUGGUGUGUUGAGUGGUAGUGGAAUCAUUCAUCUCAUCCCUCAUGUAAGUUCCUUGAAAUAAAUGAAAACAUUAUUUUUGCUACCUUUUCUUUUUUCAAAUCUCUUCGUAAAUCUCCUGUGGUUAUGGUGCGCUUUACCCAAUCAUUCAGGUAAAUGUAGCUUUCAAACCUUUCAGAAGGUGAAAUGCAGUCCAUGUUUUUCCAGACUCUAUUUUCAAGAUAUUUUUUACCAUUUUUGGCAGACGUUUCUUGCGUCUCUCUCCACUGGAAGGGACUAUUGUUUCGUUAAACAACAAACCUGAUCAAAAAAAAGAAAAAAAUAGGUGUACCUGCUGGGUCCAUUUAUGGCACAUCGAGGCUGGUUGUGUUUUUGUGGGGAUGGAGGGGGAUAGGGGGAAAUACAAGAUCGUUCCCAGGUUUCAGAUCUCCAAAGGCGCCUGUCUCCACGCUGUAAUCCACAAACUGAGAAACUGACAUCUGAAAUCAUUAAAGCUGAAAAUCCUAUUCAACCACAUUCUAGAUAACAUCACUUUCUCUCUUUAUUCUUCCUCUUCAGUUUCCUCACUACGUGACCGGAACAGUAUCCUCAAUUAAUUUCCGGUACUUUGUUUAAAGGACAAAUUGAAUAAUUGGACUUCUCCUGGCAAUUUAAAGACGUUUUGAAAUAGCUUGUUACAUGCAAUUUUCGCGACAUAUUUAGGUCGCGAUUUUCAUGUGCGCAUAUUUCGCGACACGUAAAUUUCGCGAUUUUGCGAAAAUUUCAUAUUUUGAAUCACUUUAAUUUCUCGUUUUUGAGUACAACAAUUAACAUUUCAUAAGCAGUUUCGUUUAAUACGUCUUUGAAGUAAAUAAAAUGACUUUAUCAAAGGUACAAUAACGUCAAAAUUAAGAGAAACGCAACAAAAGGAAUAAAUGUCACCAGUAACAACAAAGCAGUCGCAAUGUCCACAAAACGUUUCAUGCUUGUACGUGAAUUAUUGUUCUUGAGUCAAUUGACCACCACACCCAUUUACACUGACAAUUCCUCAGAAAAGUAAAAAAUGUGAUUUUGUAAACGUUUCAGUGGUAAAAAACUCUAUCGACAUAAUGGACAUAAUGUGAGUCACUUGAUUUUCGCGUCAUGUUAUGUUCGCGACACUUAUUGUUCGCGUCACUUAAAUUUCGCGAUUUUUUUUUGUAUGGCGAGAUUCGCGAAAUUAACGUGUCGCGAAAAUUUCAUGUAAUAAGGUACCCGUGAAAAACCUUCAAAAGAAUUUGCAGCCUUAUACAUAAAAAUUGUGACUAAAUAUUAGCAGAUGCAGAUCUUGAAACAUACGCACGUUUAACGUGCACGAGCUAUUUUGAAUGCUUCAGUGUAACUGUACCAAGAAUCUACCUUUUUUGUGCGAAAUUGGGUAUGCUGUACAUGAAUGAAAAGUCGAAACGCUCAGCUGAGUUGGUGCUCAUGCUAUAUGUUCCCUCUUCUCUAUCUUUCCUUCAGACAUCUGGUGUAAAUUAAACAAAUUGUUCAAGUGCAAUGAAUAUCAACUCACAAAACGCUGCUUCGAAGGGAAAGUCGAAGGUUUCCUCGGAGUUUCUUUAGACAACGUCGCUCAUCGAAGACCGAAUAGUUAAGAAAUAUCACGAUUUUUAUCCUUGUGGUAGCUGGUUGCAUCUUCAUGAUUCACGAGGUUUUCACGUGCGAUUACACUCAAUGCAACAGUCUUGGUCAGUAUUGGUUACAACACUAAACAGGUCUUCAUCCGUUCAAGUUACAAUUAUUACUGUGAACAGCCAAUCUACAUGAGAUGUAGGGCGCGAUCCAUUCAACCAACAUUCAGACCGGUCCGACCGGGAAAAGUGGUCCACCUCAAAAUGUGCACCAGUUUUUUCGAAACUUUUCCGGUGGGACCGAACCGAUCUAUGGAGUUUUGGACCGAAAUUUCCGGAAAUUUUGGUCGAAUGGAUCGCGCCCGUACCGUCACACAGCUGGCACGUGGAAGUGUUGGACUUUGCCCCUUUUCGUGGUUGGUACGUAAGGGAAUUCGAGUUAUUACUCAAUAAUCUAGUAAGCAGGGUUAUAAAAAUAGCUCAUACACACAAUUUGCACGUGAAGAUGUUGGACUUUGGCCUCUUUUACAAUUAGUACGUGAAAGAACGCAGAUUGUUUACAAGAUUAACUUGCUCAAGCGAUUUUACGAAAUCACCCCCUUUUCGAACAUCUGCAAUAAAAUUAUAUAUCAUUUCAUGUUAAGAUUGCUGCCCUAAAAUCAUUAUUUACUUCCAAGAAAAUUAUCAAACUGUCGAAAUGCUGAUUUCUACUCCUGUCAUGUUAUUCCACUCAAUGAAUAAAAUUCUCAUUAUUUUGUCAACUGGCUACUUCCAAGUUUGUUCGCUAACGCUAUUGUUUCAACAAUAGUUACGCAUCUUUACGAAGUCCGACUACUACUAGUAGUUGACAGUACAGCUGCCCCCACUCUGUAUAUGGUCGGUCAAUAGUAUUCUUUGUCGUUGCGUAGGAACAACAAUGUAAAUACAUCUACCUGAAAAAAAAAAUGUUAUUUCCUACACUACACAUAGCAGAAGAGCUAUUCCCUUAUUUUUCAAAAUUACCUAUUUCCAUGAAUACCAAAAACCAAUCUUGGCAUCUGCAUAAUGAGAUACAUAAGAGUGAUUGUUAUAUAGCUGGAAAUUUCUUCCCAACAGCGCGCGCUCUCAUUGGUUACUUUGUUACAUGACAUCUAAUAAUGAAACUGUUUCCCGCCAAAAUCUCCUAGCGGUCAACAUUGCAAAAUCUAUGACGUCAGAGGGUAACAGUCCAUUGUUCCGGCGAAUGUUGACCGUCGACCGCCGUUAUAGCGAGAUUAAAUGGAUUUCCAGCUUCAAAAUUUCCAACUACAUGACUGUAUAUAACAAUCUCAAAGCUGAGUUUCUCGGGAAAAAGACCAGUCAUUAAGUGUUUAAUAUUAAUAGCAUUUGAUCGAGUUAUUGUUGAAGUUAUUUUUUCUUCCUCUGACUCCUUCUGUUAGGCAUUUGGUUUUCAUGCUCAUGAUGGAGAACUGGGAUAUUUGUGGAAAUGCCUUGUGAUCAUCGGUGGAAUAUACUCCUUCUUUUUCUUGGAAUAUGUCAUGAGAAUGAUUGUCAGGUUUAAAGAGCAGUCAACAUGUGAUAAUCAUGAUGAAAACGAAAUGGUAAGUGAUCUCAUGAGCAAUUUGUCACUAGCACAAAUUUGUUGAACCUCUACUUUUCGUAGGUAUUAAAGACGAUAGUAGAUUGUAAGCUGUACCUCAUUCUCUCUUGUUGUAAGACAUUGCAGUAAGAUUUUCAACACCACUUGAAGAUAUUCUGAUAGCUAUGAAUCAAUAAUACUAUCUAAUUAAUAUACAUGUAUAACAAUUAUUCACUGAAGUGGAGGUGCCUAGUGGUGGAUAUUCAGUGAUAUUUACCGAGCCGAGAGAUAAAUAUCCACCACUAACCACCGGCUAAUUGUUUUAGCGAAAACAGUGAGAUAAUUGAGCACAAAAAUGAUGAUUUUUGACCCAUUUACUGCUACCAACGAUCAAAAUUUUGGCGCAGAAUUGAUCAAACGGUCGACGCGUUUUCUUCCCGACAAAUAAAACGUUUCAAUUUGUUUAGCUCUUGCGGGGAAAUUUCUUCUGUUUGUAUUUAAAACCAUUCUGUACAAAAAUAACUAUUAGAUUUAGUUUUCAGCUUAUUUAUGAAAAUGUCUGCUUGAGAAAUGAAGUAAGGCAAGACUUAAUUUGCAUUUGUAGACAAAGCACUCUUUCACCGGUUUCAUCGAUAAAUUCAAGUCAAACAGACAAAUCCUUACCUGUUAAAACUUCCAAACAGAAUUUCGUCACCUUUCUUCGUGUUUUGGAAUCAGCUUUUUUGAUUAUUCGUGAAAAAUCGUUAAGGUUGUUACGGCAGCAAACUCGGGAAGCCAUUUUGCUCGUACAUGAACUUACGCGAUUUUGACGCCGCUCGCUCGGAGGAUCAGGAGGUGAAUAGCACUGGAUAUCCCGAGUUUAAGCAGACAAUCAGAGCGCGCGAAAAACACUUCUCACUGUUUAAGUAUAGUAUACUAAAUAAAUUUGGCGCGCCUAACUGUGAAGCUUCCGGAGAAAAAUAACAAACACAGUUUACUUGCUCCGCUUUAAUUUGUGGACAUGCAGGCCGGACCUGAAAACGCUUUUUGAAAGUUUUCGCCAAGAACCGAUUACUUCUGUACAUAAAUAAAAUAAUAAAAUAAAAUAAAAUAAUAAAAUAAAAUAAAAUAAAAUAAACUCGUCGUUUGGUAGGACUUAUUAAAAAUGCAACACUAUUUAGGACGGGACCGUCUAGCAGGCCCGUUCUUCCUAAUGGUAAGAUCCUGCGUCACUCCAAAAUAACACAUAAAAGAGAUGCUUAGGAAACUGUUAAAAAAGAGGCCAUUUUCUUUCUUGCUGCUGCGUCGACCUGGCAGUGCACCAAUACUAACCUGUCAAUUGUUGUUACUUAUUGAGAUACUGUAAACUGCUGUUUAUAACCUCCCUCAGGUAUAGAGCGUUUUCACAUGACGUCAUGGCGGCCAUUUUGGUGUUCCAAAACAAUGAAACGGCGGCUAUGUUGGUGUACUAGAAAAAACAUCUGGGAGUUGAAAUCUUUUCUCAUGUAAACGCUUUCUUUUUUCCAAUAAAUUUGCAUAGACGCUGGCCACUCGAGUGAAAACGCUCUAGAAGGCCCCACCCCCACCCCCAAAUAUAGGCCCAUCAUAUGUAUUGACAUGAAUUCGAUUUAAUAUGGCGUUUUGAAGCUCAAAAACGAAUAAAUGUAAGACGUAUUUUGAUAAACACUGCCAUAGCUUGUUUCGAAGCGCUUUUAUAUUCCGGUUAUAAGCCCUCCUAUUAAACCCCUUACGAAGAUCAAUAAACCCAGGGUUAUAAGCUCCAAGGCUCCCAGUUUAUAUGCGGCAGUUUACGGUAGUUUGUAUUCCUUUUUUUUUCAAAUCAGGACAAUACCACGGGUGACAUACCCGCAGCAGGUAUCGCUGAUGUUCAGCUGCAACUGUAUAAAAAGAACCGUGAUCACCAUAGUGCCCUUCAUAAUCAUGGCGCUUCCUUGCCAGAUGUGAAGAUCUGUGGAAAUGGGUCAACGCCAAAUGGCUUUCCAAAUGAGGUAUAAGCCUAGACAAACAAACAACUAACAUACUUUUCAUAUAAUGAUUAUUUUUAACAACCAUCAAUUCAUUAAUAUGUGGACAAUAGCUAUUGUAGUUUUUUACUCAGCCUUUCGGGUUGCGUGACAACAACAAUUAACAUCAAGCUUUAUUUUGCAGGACCAUACAAGAACAUACAGUAUUGCAAAAGCUAUUUAUAAUUAUGUCUUAAGAAUAAGAACUAAAAUUUCAUCACUGGUCAAUUAAACUAAUUUGUUAAUAAUUCGUCGCGAAAGUCAAAGCAAGCAGAAAUAUUUUUCAUGAAUUAUAAAUUAAUAUGGUAAUUAGAUGCGUUCAUCAGUUCAUUGAUCAAAACGUUCACAGGUAACUGGGUAAUAUUUGGAAUCAGAAUCUUAACUUUAUUGUAAAAAUUAUUGCUAAUCAAAGAGCAUUUUGAACAAUGGAAAAGAAAGUGAAUUUCGUCUUCUAUUUGAUUGGAUCCACAAAAAGGGCAAUUCCUAUUAUCUCUAGUAGUUUGAUUAUAUCCACCAAGUUCUAUCAUUAGCAUGUGGUUACUUAUUCGUAGUUUUACCAAUUUCUCUCUCAGCUGUUCCUCUCGUUAAGUCUAGGUAAUUAGAAGUGGUAUGAUCGCUUUUAAAAGAUCUAAAAAAUUCUAGUUUUUGAGAGAGGUGAAGGGUGUUUUGCGUGAAGACACUGAGGAACGGCUCUGUAGAAGACAAAACAAUAGGCAACGUACUACCUCGUACUACCGAAACAGGUAGACCACGAAUUCAAAAAUACGCGUUACAGUUGAUUUUGGUGCCAGACGUUAACGACUUAGGUCAUGUGGAUUUGUUUGUCAGACCAAAAAGGUGAACUCACACGUGGUCACAUUCUUUUCUUAUUGCUGACUUUGUUGUUUGCUCAUCAGAGUGGUCAGAGUUUAUAUAGCGGUAGAGGGCUGCAACCGAAAGAACUUUCAUCCGCAAGCGAAAAUUUCUCCAUUUUGGUUGACUUAGAACUUGGCCUAUCUUUAGCCUCCCAAGUGCUCAGGAAAGUGACCACGUGAGUUCACAUUUUUGGUUUGAAAAACAAAGCCACGUGACCCAAGUCGUUAACGUUUGGCGACAAAAUCAACUGUCACGCAUAUCUCUGAAUUCCCGGUGUACUUGUUUCGGUAGUAUCAACUCCAAAUUACAUUGUUUGCAAAUCAAACAGUCAAGUGCACGAAUUUUUGCAUAUUUGGAAGUACUAAGUCUUAUUUGAGUACUAGUGAUGUACCAGGAAAUCGUUUCCAUCUUACGAAAAGAAUACAUAAGAAUCUAAAUUUAUUUUUUUAAAAUUACAUUGGGUGCAAGUUAUCAAGAUAGAGAUUCGAAAAUUUGGGAAAAAAGUGGAAGUUGAAAAUACGACUGUACUACCAGGAAAGGGAAAUUACUCUUUGUUCGCAAAUUGUUGGGAGAUUGAGGAAUAAAUGAUUUUAUGAUGGUAAAUUAAAUUGUAAUAAUUGUAAUGUUUUUUAAACAAAACACAGGCGUCUUCUCAAAAUAGCAAAAAAUCACACAAGAAGAAGAAAAUUGCUCCUGUUGCAUGGAUGAUCAUUAUUGGUGACGCUCUUCACAACUUUAUCGAUGGGUUGGCAAUUGGUGCUUCAUUUUCCAGUUCAAGAUAUAUUGGUGUCAGUACUUCACUUGCGAUAUUCUGUGAAGAGCUGCCACAUGAACUUGGUAAGUACUAACUUUGAAAGGCUAUGUUCAUACUAUACCGGAUAGAUUUUGCGCCGGCAAGAAAACCAUUCCGGAUAAGGCUUCUGUUCACACAUAAAAACGGUGAUUUGGGCGCGAUUUCUGUAACGGAGCGAAGCUGCGCCGCGCCGAUCUCGUGAGAAAAGUGGAGAGUCACAUAGCGGAUAGGUGUUCACACUUAAAACUGGAUAGCUUUCUGUGUCGGCACGAAAAGUUAUCUGGUACUCAGUGUGAAUAGUGGAAUUUAGAAAAGUUAUCAAAAGAACUGCGAGCAACAAAGUGUUAAGGUAUAUAAUUACACUUUCACUGCUUAUUCCAAAACAACUGAAAUUUUUGUCCUGAUAUAGAUAAGGGCGAGCUGCAUUGAGAAUUUUUUUUUUGAUUUUACAAAACGUUUUUGAAAUGCUCCCCAGGUGACUUUGCAGUUCUUCUGAAUGCUGGUUUGUCAUAUAAAGCCGCAUUGGCCUUCAACUUUUUGUCGGCAUGCACUUGUUAUUUGGGGCUUGUCAUUGGAUUGUUGCUAGGUUACACAACGUCCGCUGUCACGUGGAUCUAUGCUCUUGCUGGUGGAUUGUUUGUCUACAUUGCUCUUGUUGAUAUGGUAAGUUGCACCUUAAAACCUAAAGGCCUUCGCAGAAAAUACCAUAAUAUUCAUUAAUGGGAAAGAAAGAAUAUAAUUUGUAUGGAAGAUGAGUUUACGUUUAAAAGCUCGGUAAAGGAUAAGGGUCACCUUUUAUAGAUAUAAUAUACACUUAAUGUCAGAUCCCAAGGGAAACAGUUAGUUUUGUUCGUCUCGGGAAACAUCAGGACUCGAGGAAAAACAAAACUAACUGCUUCCCGAGGAAUAAUUGAUGAGAGAUUCUGUAUAAAACCAAGCAUAAAAUCGAGCCAGGAAGAACACCGUCUAGUUUUCGUCAUUAAGUAUGCUUUUUCCUUCAUGCUAUUAGGAUUCAAUUUAAUUAUAUCUUGCCUCAUUACUUGAAAAAAUUCCUUUAACUAAGAGGUACCUUGAAUUGCCUAUACAAAUUCUAUUUGUGAUAAAAGUUAUCUUGCAUGAAACUGGAAAAAACCUGUAAAUAUAGGUUUUCAAGAAUAAUUCCAUCUAAUGUGCACAGCCUCUCUCCCACGUCGGUAAUGGUCGUAAAUAAAAUCUGGGCAUGAAAGAGUAAAAUCAAAGCUCCUGACCAGAUUCUGGACAGGUUUAUCCCAUCAGCAUAGAAUUUUUGAGGACAAAAUGCAAACGCUUCUCUCACAAAACAUCCCUGUCAGCGACGAGCAAUGACAGACAGCUGUUUAGCACGCUACGUUAUCACUGCUUUGGGAUCAUUUUCUUAAAUUAUCAAACUUUAUCCGCUUCUAACAUUUAUUUCCUGUUUGUUUUAAUGCAGUUACCGGAAGCUUGUGAAAUGUCAGCUAAAAUCGGAGAACGUUCCAUUCGCCGAAACAUCAAGGCCUUUGCUCUUCAGAAUUUUGGCAUACUGCUUGGCUUUGCUAUUAUGCUUAUUUUAGCUCUCUACGGAGAGACAAUUUCAGUUAAGUAGAGCAUUCUCAAAGAUCAGUAACAAUUUUAAAAUUCAAAUUGCAAUUGUUGUGUUAUAGCGUUGACGUUUCACGUUUUUAAGCCCGUUUUAUAACUUUAAAUUUAUGCUGAAAAGAUUGCACAGGAAAGCACAUGCGUUUGGGUAUAGGUGAGUCGCUGAGGAUUUCAAUGACCCUGUUAAGGACAAAAAAAUUCCUAAGAUACAUAGUCUGUUUAGGACAAAGGACAAAAUGCACGCCGUGUUGUUUUACAGCCAGUUGUUGGCAAUUGCCAUAGAGCAAAUCCACGUUUUUGUAUACUUGGAAUACAAACAAAUUUCAUUAAGCAAAUUAAAUCAAUCGUGCAAGCAAUACCCUGUUUAUAAUCAGGAAAGACUCGCACGAAAUUGAAUAUCCUUUUUAGGACAGAAUGGCGCGAAAUUGUACACCCUGUUUAGGACAAAGAGGACAAAAAACAUACCCUAUAUGACCUUAUAGGCCAUACAAAGGAGUACACCCCAUAGGCCGUUUCUGGUCACCUCGUGAUUACGGCCAGUUUUUCUCGGCCCGGCAAAUUCUUUAUAAAAAAACGUUAGGAGCGGUCACCCGUUAAUACGGCCAAAAACCACAUUUUAAAAUCCCAGACAGUAGAAUCCCUUAUAAUUUCACCCCGUUAAUGCUGCCACUCGAUCGAAAUUAAGAAAAUUAAGAUGCCUGUGACAUGUCAAUUUUAUUGAUCUAGUAUCCUAGUCUAAGCUUAUUCUUGUCCUGUUUUUAGACUACAGUACACUUAAAAUGCACUUCUGGCGAUUUAUAAUGAGUUUGUUUCAUGUACUGGAGGAAAAUUUUAAGAAGUUUUUUCAAUUACUGUACGCGAUAUCUACAUUCCUGUAGUUUAUUAAUGAGAACAGUACGGUGAAUGCGAUGCACGGUGUAUUCCUGGUGUGUUUGUCAUUACGGCCCUCGAGUCAUGAAAUUUGAGCCUACCCCGAUAAUGCAGUCACCCCGUUAAUACGGCCAAUGUUUUUGGGCCCAUUGGUGAUCGUAUCAACGGGGUUCCACUGUAUUGAAAAGUAAAAUAGUUUAAAGUAAACUGUUUAAUAAUCGGUCCCUAUUUUAAUAGGCAAUUAACAAUUUGUUUAAACUAUUGUUCUUAUUGUCUUUUUCUGUGAUUUUUUUUGUCGUAAAAGAGGCAAUUUGUUGAUUAAUUUACUUUAUUUAUUUUUCUUUUCUUUCUAUCAUUUUUUUAACAAAACUAUAUCUACACUAUAAUGCGCAUGGUAACCUAGUAUUAUCCUAAUCCUUCUGUCAAUAUUUUUAUAAUUUUGGAUAAAAUUUGACUUGACUUAACGACUUGGGCUAAAGAGGAUCAGUCUGGAAUAUGAUUGAUUAACAAUACCUCCUGCCGGGAUACCUAGAACAAGGUAAAAUUGACCCA